AUGGCGAACAAUCGGAGCCUCGCCGCCGCCGCCCUCCUUUUCCUCCUACCUUUCCUCAUCUCUCCGCCCGCCUCCGCCGCCUCACCCAUCGUCUCCGAGCUAUCCGACCUCCAAUCCCGAUCCCCCUCCGGCGUCAUCCACCUCACCGACGCACUCCUCCGCCGCAUCCUCUCCUCCCCGACCCCCCGGCCCUUCCACGCCGUCAUCUUCUUCGACGCCAGAAAGCUCCACUCCAAGCCGGACCUCCAGCUCCCCACCCUCAAAUCCGAAUUCGCCCUCGUCUCCUCCACCUUCCUCUCCAACAACCCCGCCCAAAAAACCCUAAUCUUCUUCUUCGAGAUCGAUUUCGACGAGUCCCAGUCCUCCUUCGCCCUAUUCGACGUCAACUCCCUCCCGCACGUCCGCCUGCUUCCUCCCUCGGCCGCCAAUCCGAAAUCCGACUCCGUCGCCAUGGACGCCUCCGAUUUCUCCAGGCUCGCCGAGUCCAUGGCCGAUUUCAUCUCCUCCAGGACCAACCUCCCUGUGGGCCCCAUCAGCCGCCCACCAAUCAUCUCAAAAACGCAGAUCUUCAUCGUAAUUGCAGCCAUCCUCAUAUGGACGCCCUUCUUCAUAAAGAAGCUGAUUGCCGGCAACACAAUCUUCCACGAGAAGAGCACAUGGAUGGCCGGGGCCAUCUUCGUCUACUUCUUCAGUGUGUCGGGCACGAUGUUCAACGUGAUUAGGAAAAUGCCGCUGUUUCUUGUGGACCGGAAUAAUCCUGAUAGACUGGUGUUCUUUUACAAGGGCUCUGGUAUGCAGUUGGGGGUCGAAGGAUUUGCGGUUGGGUUUCUUUACACUGUGGUCGGGCUUUUGCUUGCGUUUGUGGUUCACGGGCUGGUUUUGGUGAAGAAUCGGGCCGUGCAGCGGUUGCUAACAAUGCUUGCCCUGAUUGUAUCGGUCUGGGCCGUGAGGGAGGUCGUUUUCUUGGAUCAUUGGAAAACUGGGUAUGGCGUGCGCUUCUACUGGCCUUCCAGCUGGCGGUGA